CCUGCAGGGGAUGAGGCAGUGGUGGGAGCUGAAGUCUUUGCAUUAUGACACUGUUUUGUUCUUCAAAAUGGGGAAGUUCUACGAACUGUUCCAUAUGGAUGCUAUAUUAGGGGUGCAGGAACUUGGUCUUAUAAUGAUGAAGGGAGAACAAGCCCACGUUGGGUUUCCAGAAAUAGCUUAUGGACGGUACUCAUCAACAUUAAUUGAAAAAGGCUACAAGGUGGCCAGGAUAGAGCAGACAGAAACUCCAGAGAUGAUGGAGAAGCGUGUCAAAAGUAUGACUAAACCAACUAAAUUUGAUCGUGUUGUCAAGCGAGAGGUGUGCCAAAUUAGCACCAAAGGAACACGUGUUUACAGUGUCCUAGACGGGGAAGCCUCAGAGUCAUCAACUUCAUAUUUGUUAGCAUUAGCAGAAAGGUCUACAAGAGGAGCAGGUGAUGGAAGUGAAUUGGGUGUAGCAUUUAUUGAUACAAGUAUAGGGACAUUCCAUCUUGGACAGUUCACAGAUGAUCGUCAUGUGUCUCGUCUUCGUACCCUCAUGGCACACUAUCCACCUGUUCAGUUGAUAUUCUGGUUCCUUCCAGAAAAGGAAUUCUGGACAAGUAGCAAGACACUCAGUUUCCUGGCCGAGGGAACUUACUUCAAAGGGGAGGACUCUUCCUUGCAGUGGCCAGAAGAACUGAAAAAUCUAUUAGAUGAAAAUGAUACAUUAGGCUUAACAGCUCAUCCACGUUAUGAAUUGGCUGUGUCUGCGCUUGGUGCUCUUGUUUGGUAUUUGAUGGAUUGCCAUUUAGAGGAACAGUUGUUAACAAGAAAAUUGUUUUACUCUUUACAACCCAGUGGAUGUUGUAGCUGCCGAAGAAAAGGCAAAUAA